GUUGAUGCAGCUACACAGUAAAUGUAUCCAAUUUCUAAUCUGUCCAAUCCUAAUAGGUGCACCAAAAGAUAAGAGGAACGUUACAGAGAAGUCGAGCAAGUGCAGGCUGUGCACGCCCACACGGUGCAGAAGAACUCCAGUCAACCACAGAAUGCUAAAUAGCCAUUCUGCAGCGAGAGAGAGAGAAAAAAGGUCUUAUUCAGUCGCCUUCAGGAGCAUCGUCUCGUAUCUGGCAGAUCUGGAGGCAUGCCAGCACCCGCCCUGCGAAAUCAGCAUCGCAGCGCACGGAGUUGACAAGUGCGCCUCCCCCUCCAAACGUUGUUUGACAUCCCAUCGAGGCUUCGCCUCUGGCAGUUUCUUUUUUAAAAGGCAAGCUCAAAGCCACAGAUUAUACAUUUUGCUCACAAACCGUGCGGGUAAAAUAACCAACAGAGAGAACAACAGUCGGAAUCAGGCUCUUUCUCUCUCAUUUGGAGACGAAGAGCUUGCGCGUAAACGGCACCGGGCAUCAUUGAGGGGAGCAAUACGGGGUGUCUGGAGAUUUUCUUUUCUUUUCUAAUUCAUUGCUGCAAGGUUGAAGGACAACGCAGGGGAGGACAUCAGAGGGACUGUGUGGAUUGUGAUUCGGAUGCGGUGACAUUUAGUACUGGAGCGGCACCUGUGGAUGCAGCAGCCCCCCACCUGAUGUGUGGACUCGAACCGUUUGCAAAGAAAGGAUUCACCACAAGAUUCAGUUGAUAAUCGUCUCUGCGGUUUCGGUCAAACACCCUGCAGUUCAGACGAGAAGGAGCGCCAUGCUGCUGAGUGUUUCCUUCCUGGUGGUUCCCCUGCUGAGCAUAACCUGCUGCGGCUCGUCGUUUGUGCCGUGUCAGCCGUGCGACCAGAAGGCCCUGUCCAUGUGUCCGCCGGUGCCGGUGGGCUGUCAGCUGGUGAAGGAGCCCGGCUGCGGCUGCUGCCUGACGUGCGCGCUCGAAGAGGGCCAGCCGUGCGGCGUGUACACCGGGCCGUGCACGCGCGGGCUCCGCUGCCUGCCCAAGAACGGCGAGGAGAAGCCGCUGCACGCACUCCUGCACGGCCGGGGGGUGUGCAGGAACGAGAAGUUGUACAAACUGCUCCAUCCGUCAAAAGACGGAGAAUCUCACGAUGACACCAUGCUACCCGUCCCCGAGUACCAAACCAAGGUGCCCUUAUAUGGAAGAGACCACAUCAGCAGUCGGAAGGCGCAGGCCAUGAAGCAGGCCAAAGACCGCAAGAAGCAGCUGGCCAGGCUGGGACCCACCAGCAACAUGGACUUCUCACCGCUCAGCUUGGAUAAACUGGAGCCUGAGUUUGGGCCCUGCAGGAGACGACUGGAUAAUCUCAUUCAGGGCAUGAAGGACACUUCUAGGGUCUUGGCACUCUCUCUGUACAUCCCCAACUGUGACAAGAAGGGCUUCUUCAAGCGCAAACAGUGCAAGCCAUCUCUUGGUCGGAGGAGGGGGAUCUGCUGGUGCGUCGACCGAUUCGGCGUGAAAAUCCCCGGCAUCAACUACGCCGGAGGAGACCUGCAGUGCAAAGACCUCGACAGCAGCAGCAGCAACAGCAACGAAUGAGGGUGAACUAGUUGUACGUGUUGAGCCCUGAUCUUCUAACAACCUGCCAAUCAAGCUAGCACACUUAAUGACUGCCAAUCAGGAAAAAUGGCACAAAUGCUUAUAUAUAUGGUCAGGUGGACUGCAUUGUUUUUGGUUUGUUUCUUUUUGUAGGGGAGCUGACCUGAAAAGCUUUCUUGGGUGAAAAUCUGCACAUGUAGGUCUUAUCUCUGGCUCCCCACUGACUGUGUACUAUGUCUGAGGUCAGCUAAUACCUCACCUCUUUAUAUCCAUAGACAAUAGAGGAAUAUAUAUAUUUGUAUGAUACUAUGAUAUGAUGAUAUGUUGUGUACUUAUGAGUCUAUUGCUAAAGUUACUCAAAGAAAUUGAGAGACAAGACAUAUUUUAAAUGUGGCUAGAAAUGUUUUUUUUUCCCCUUUUUUUUAUUAUGAUCAAGAUGAACAUGAAAGACUGACAAAUACAGGACAUCAUCGGAGAGCUUGUCUAAAUUAGUGACGUUUGACUAAUUGUUAAUCACGUGAAUGACAUCCUGAUGAAAGUAGUUCAAGUAAUGGCUCAUGCCAUUUAAUCUUGCCUUCAACCUACCGUCACUGAACCAUGUGCAACAGCAGGACCCCUGCAGGAGGCUGAGCGCUGAGCUGAUAGCCAUUUCAUAUGCCAUGUCAGCAUUUAUCAUGUAUCCAGCACAAACUCAGAAAAUCAUUGGCUUCCUUUUUUGGAGCCAAAUCAGUAGCUAGCAGAAGUCUGAGUAUGUAUGAAUUAGAAUAUUUUGUGAAAAACAUUUAUUUGCUUUUUUGCAGACAGUUAGAUAUGAACAUUGACACCACUUUCAUAACAGUCUGUUAAAUCUGAAUCUGCAGACAGCAGUUGCUUAGCUUAGUUUGGCUUAGUUUAGCACAAAUCUUACAAAAUCCGCCUACCAGUACCUUUGAAGCUAAGAAUUAACACGUUAUAUGUUGUUUGUUUAGUCCACAUGCUGCGACAGAUCCAUGCCAGAUUAUUUCUUCACUGGGACCAGUAACUGUCCACUGGUUUCCAUUGCAAAAAAUUAAAACCUAAGCUCAAAACUGGAAAAAAAAAAUAAUUAAACAUUAAAAUUCCAGAAAUCAAAUCUAAAUCAACAACAGCAUGCCUGUGGUUUGUGUAAAUGUUGUUGCCAGUUAGAUAUGAUGGCCUACAUCUAUAUCUCAGUUUAAGUCAAAAUCACAGCAAGACCAUGUUGACGUCACUCAGCUCUAUGUAAGCCUCUGACUUUGUCACAAUGGUAGUUUGUUAUGCUGCCACUAUCAGAUGAGUUGUGUGUGCUUUGGCUUGUCAGAUUUUAGGCAAUCAAGCCCUUCUAAAGUGAUAUUCUGGUUUCCCCACCACGCACAGACCCACGGUACGUUCGUGGGUGCCAUGCCAUUGUUCCAGUGGGUCAUUAUUCUCAGAAACAAAGACUUUUUCCUGUUAUGCUGAAAACAAACACCUAUUUCUAUAUGCCUCUGAUUGGCUCUGACCCUGACAUUUUCUUUCUAACCCUAUCCAAACAAUGAACACCAGCCAAUCAAUCAAAUGUAUUUUCGGCGCACUGGGCCUGGAAAGGGCAUCUGUUUUCAGGAUAGUCAGACGAAUGGGCUUUCGAUCCAGUCGGAUGUUUUUCAGACGAUUGGGGUUUCAGAAUAAUGAGCCGUCUGAACAAUGAGCAGUUCCCAGAUUUCGUGAACAACAAUUAUAAUAAAACCUCACUCAUAAAUAAACUGUGUUGUACUGUAAAAGGUUCGGUAUUUAAAAUUCGUCACACGCCUUUUUUGAAUGCGGACAACUGCGUCCACUGUUUGUAAACCUGUGCACAGCAUGUGUGUGCAUGCUCUUUGUGUGUGUGUGUGUGUGUCUGCAUGUGUGUGUAGUGUGCUCUGUGGCCCUUUUACUUUUCAGCAACAAUAAGCUCUGGUUUAAAUUCUCAGAAGCCUAACCUGGCCGAGCUAAAGUCCUUUAAAUGCCAUGCCGUGCAUCUCCCUUCACAGACAAAUCGUAUGCAAAGGCCCAGAGCUGGUGAUGUUUCCACGUGCAGGGUCUUCACUGCCGCCACGCAGGCAAAUCUGUCAGCCAAUGGCAGCUCGCUCUGAGGGUUCAUCUGCUCCUUCAUCCUCCAACGAGCAAGGUGGCUGAGUUUGUAUGUAAAUUCAAGUGCCUUCUGCCCCGCGCCACUUUGAAUUCUGAUUUGCGUGUGGACGCAUCGCGUCGUUGAACGACGGACGGCACAAAAGAGGAAAAACAUUUUAGGUGUGCAUGUGGUCUGAAAGAUAUCUUUUGAUUUUUAGUUUUUAGUCAGUUGCUGACAAAGAUUAUCAUGAUCUCCCAGACAAGAACUGCUGAACAGAGAAUAAAAUCUUUGUUCAACAGCUCAAAAUUUCAACUUUCAACUUUUUCGUUGUUGCAAUCUCAAUGUUCAGUUAAUCACGCCGACAAUCUCAGAUAUUUCUAAUGCCUCAAUGCUGUGUUGUGAUAUAAGGGGAGCAUUUUCCCAACAGCCAGUUCUUCUUAAUGAAACUCCUCUCUCAUGCUGUUGAUUCUAGCACACAACAGAGUGACACAUUUCAGAAGCUCACUUAGAAAACAGAUUAAUGUGAACAUUAUGGUGAAAUAUUUAUCUGGCGUGUAAUUGAUGUACUCGUUUUUGUAAUGACAAAUCACUGUUUAAAUAAAGUUCAUGUACUCACAA